GGCAGUUUGCAAAAGCGUGAACACAACUCAGAGGUCAGAGUUUGUACUUCCGGUCUGGCGGCAAAGCGUGUGUGCUGCUCGGCGAAGUGCAUACGUUUUUGAGACGAAAAUAUAUUAACUUUAUUCACUCUCAGAAGGCAUUUAGUUCAACAGAAAUGAGUUUACCGUUGAACCCGAAGCCCUUUCUGAACGGCCUCACCGGCAAACCGGUGAUGGUGAAACUGAAGUGGGGAAUGGAGUACAAGGGCUACCUGGUGUCCGUGGACGGGUACAUGAAUAUGCAGCUGGCAAACACAGAGGAGUAUGUGGACGGAGCUUUGGCGGGUCACCUUGGUGAAGUGCUAGUCAGGUGUAACAACGUGUUGUACAUCAGAGGCGUAGAAGAAGAGGAGGAAGACGGAGAAAUGAGGGAGUGAUGUGAAGAGGACUCGGCCCUGUUGUGCGAUUGAACCUCGUAGUUGAGUUGAAGUGUGAUUGUGUUUUCACCAUGUGAAACAAGUGGACGUUUGGGGUUUAGGUUUUUUGUUUUUUUUUCAA